AUGGCGAUGAUGACGCAGCUGAAAUGGGCGUGGGAAUUCAUUCUCUACCAAUCCUUCUUCCAGCCACGUGUCAACGAGGCGGCCGAAUACUGCGAAGACGGGUUGUCCGAGGAAUGCGCGGUGUGCCUGUGCAGGAUUGAAGGCGGGGACGAGAUUAGAGAGCUGAGGUGUCAACACGCUUUCCACAAGGUCUGUCUCCAUCGCUGGCUCGGAUACGGCCACGUCACCUGCCCCCUCUGCCGGGACAAUGUCGAACCGAGGAAGUUCGCGGCCGACCUCCGCCACGAGCUCCUCCUGUUCAACUUCGCCGCCGUCGACUCCAGCCACGACCGUGCCACGUGGUGGCUACGUUGA